AUAUAUCCGUCAGGCUUCAAUCCCACCUUCUCGCCAGUGGAAUUUCAUCUCAGCUUCUGCACCUUCAGGGCAGACGAGAACAUAAAAUAAGCAAAAGCUGGCAGGCUGACGGGAACUUGCAUCUUUACAGGACGGAUUAUCUGGUAACUGACCAUUUAGCUGUGGCACACUCGGACUCUGUGUUAACGUGGGAUUUUGACCAUGAGCUCAGUCGCUGUACUUACGCAGGAAAGCUUCAAUGAGCACCGCAGUGGGCUCUUGCCAGAGCAGAGUGGUGCUGCUGUGGCAGGACCCAGUGCUGGAGAGGAAGAGGAUGCCCUUCCUACCUACAAGGAAGCCUUCCCACCUCUGCCUGAGAAGGCGGCCUCACCUGAGGGGACCCAGGAAACUGUGAAUGCCUGGACAUCCAAGAUCCGUCCUCUCAAGUCUUCUAUUAUCACCCAGGUUUUCCAUGUGCCGCUAGAAGAGCGCAAGUACAAGGACAUCAACCAGUUUGGGGAAGGAGACCAAGCGAAGGUCUGUGUGGACAUCAUGCACAAGACCGGAGCCCACCUGGAGCUCUCCUUGGCAAAAGAUCAGGGUCUCUCCAUCAUGGUUUCUGGAAAGCUGGAUGCUGUGAUGAAGGCCCGUAAGGAGAUUGUGUCCCGACUGCAGACUCAGGCCUCAGCUACUGUCGCUAUUCCCAAGGAGCACCAUCGUUUUGUCAUCGGUAAAAAUGGGGAGAAGCUUCAGGAGCUAGAGCUCAAGACUGCCACCAAAAUCCAGAUCCCACGACCUGACGACCCCAGCAACCAGAUCAAGAUCUCUGGUACCAAGGAGGGCCUGGAGAAGGCAAAGCAUGAAAUCCUGUUGAUCUCUGCUGAGCAGGACAAGCGUGCUGUGGAGAGAGUGAACAUUGACAAGGUGUACCACCCAUUCAUCACCGGUGCCUACAAUAAGCUGGUAGGAGAGAUGAUGCAGGAGACCGGUGCCCGCAUCAAUGUUCCCCCUCCAAGUGUGAACAAGACGGAGAUUGUCAUCACUGGGGAAAAGGAGCAGGUGGCCCUUGCUGUGACUAUGAUCAAGAAGGUUUAUGAAGACAAGAAGAAGAAUGCCACCACUAUUGCAGUGGAGGUGAAGAAGUCUCAGCAUAAGUAUGUGAUUGGCCCCAAGGGAAACACCUUACAGGAGAUCCUGGAUAGAACUGGCGUGUCAGUUGAAAUCCCACCUUCUGACAGCAGCUCAGAAACUGUCAUCCUUCGUGGCGAGCCGGACCGUCUGGGUCAGGCUCUCACUGAAGUUUAUGCCAAGGCAAACAGCUACACUGUUUCCUCGGUCUCAGCUUCUUCUUGGCUUCAUCGUUUCAUUAUUGGCAAGAAGGGCCAGAACUUGGCCAAGAUUACCCAACAAAUGCCCAAGGUGCACAUUGAGUUCACUGAGGGAGAAGAUAAGAUCACCCUGGAGGGUCCCACCAAAGACGUGCAGAUGGUGCAGAGCCAGAUUGAAGCCAUUGUAACAGAUUUGGUUAGCCGUAUGGACUAUGCAGAGAUCAGCGUGGAUCCCAAAUUCCACCGACAUCUGAUCGGAAAAGGAGGCGUUAACAUCAACCGCAUCAAAGAGCUGCACAAGGUGACUGUCCGCAUUCCCCCUGACAAUGAGAAAAGCAACCUGAUUCGUAUCGAGGGGGAUCCCCAGGGUGUACAGGAAGCCAAGAAGGAGCUGCUUGAGCUUGCGUCACGCAUGGAGAACGAGCGUACAAAGGACUUGAUCAUUGAACAGCGUUUUCACCGAGCCAUCAUUGGCCAAAAAGGGGAGAAGAUAAAAGAAGUGCGGGACAAAUUCCCAGAGGUCAUCAUCAAUUUCCCCGACCCAGCACAGAAAAGUGACAUCGUUCAACUUAGGGGCCCAAGAACUGAAGUGGAGAAAUGCUCAAAGUUCAUGCAGAAGAUAGUGGCUGAAAUGGUGGAGAACAGCUUCUCUGUCUCAGUCCCCAUCUUCAAGCAGUUCCACAGAAACAUAAUUGGAAAAGGAGGAUCAAACAUCAAAAAGAUUCGGGAGGAAACCAACACAAAAAUUGACCUGCCUGCUGAGAACAGCAACUCAGAGAUGAUCGUCAUCACUGGGAAGAAGGCAAACUGUGAGGCUGCACGGAAUCGUAUCUUGGCAAUUCAGAAGGAGCUGGCAAACAUCACAGAGAUAGAGGUUUCCAUUCCUUCCAAGCUGCACAACUCUUUGAUUGGGUCGAAGGGCCGUUUGGUGCGCUCAAUCAUGGAGGAGUGUGGCGGCGUUCACAUCCACUUCCCCACUGAGGGCUCAGGGAUUGAUAAGGUCACCAUCCGAGGCCCUGUAGAGGAGGUGGAGAAAGCCAAGCAGCAACUGCUUGGCUUGGCAGAGGAGAAGCAAACGAAGAGCCACACGGCUGAGCUGCGUGCAAAGCCAGAAUACCACAAGUUCCUGAUCGGGAAAGGUGGUGGAAACAUCCGUAAGGUUCGUGACAGCACCGGGGCCAGGAUCAUCUUCCCCACCGCAGAGGACAAAGACCAGGAGCUCAUCACUGUGGUUGGCACUGAAGAAGCCGUGCGGGAGGCCCAGAAGGAGCUGGAGGAACUCAUCAGGGGUCUGGACAAUGUCAUUGAGGAUAAUAUGAGCAUUGACCCCAAGCACCAUCGCUACUUUGUGGCUCGCCGUGGCCAAGUCCUUAGGGACCUCGCCGAUGAGUAUGGUGGCGUAAUGGUGAGCUUCCCUCGCACGGGUUCUCAGAGUGAAAAGGUCACCCUCAAAGGAGCCAAGGAAUGUGUGGAGGCAGCCAAGAAGCGCAUGCAGGAGAUUGUUGAGGAUUUGGAUGCUCAAGUGACCAUUGAGUGUGUGAUUGCUCAGAAGUUCCACCGUUCUAUCAUGGGUCCCAAAGGCUCACGGAUCCAGCAGAUCACAAGGGAUCACAAUGUACAGAUUAAGUUCCCAGAACGUGAGGAUCCACAAGGUAAAGCAGCACCUCCUGCAGAGGCUCCUAUUCAGGAGAAUGGAGAGGCUAACGGAGAAGUGAAGGAGCCUGUCGAUCCAAACGCACCCAAAAAGUGUGACGUGAUUGUGCUCUCUGGCCGCAAAGAGCGGUGCGAAGCUGCCGUGGAAGCACUGAAGGCCUUGGUUCCUGUUACUAUUGAGGUGGAAGUGCCUUUUGAGCUUCAUCGAUACAUCAUUGGACAGAAAGGAAGUGGAAUUCGCAAGAUGAUGGAUGAAUUUGAGGUUAAUAUUCAAGUGCCUGCCCCUGAGCAGCAGUCUGACAAAAUCUCCAUCACUGGCUUGGCCAAUCACCUCGAUCGCGCCAAAGAGGGCCUCUUGGAGCGCGUCAAAGAGCUGCAGGCCGAGCAAGAGGAUCGGGCACUCAGGAGCUUCAAGCUGACCAUCACUGUGGACCCCAAGUAUCACCCCAAAAUCAUCGGCCGCAAGGGUGCCAUUAUUACAAACAUCCGCACUGAGCAUGACGUCAACAUCCAGUUCCCAGAGAAGAAUGAUGAAAACCAGGAUCAGAUUACUAUUACAGGGUAUGAGCACAAAGCCAUAGCUGCACGAGAUGCCAUCAAGGCCAUCGUGGAUGAGCUGGAGGAGAUGAUCUCUGAGGAUAUCACCCUGGACAGCAGGGUCCACGCCCGCAUUAUUGGAGCCCGCGGCAAAGGCAUCCGCAAGAUCAUGGAUGAGUUUAAGGUUGAUCUCAGGUUUCCCCAGAGUGGAGCUGCAGACCCAAACCUUGUGACAGUCACAGGUCGCCCUGAGCUUGUGGAUGAAGCCAUCGACCACCUCCUUAACCUGGAAGAGGAAUACAUGGCAGAUGUUGUGGAGAAUGAGGCAAAGAUGGCUUACAUGAGGCCUUCUGGGGGCAGCGCUGCCGCCAUGGAAGAACAUCGUGGCCCAUCCAAAGGCUUUGUGGUGAGGGAGGCUCCCUGGACCACUGGCAAUGAGAAGGCCCCUGACAUGACCAGCUCUGAAGAUUUCCCCAGCUUUGGAGCCCCAGUGGCGACCAAGACCUCUCCCUGGGGACCCAAGCGUUUCUAAGCCGUGCUGCUACAGAUGGGCCUGAACUUAACCGGACACAAUCUUCCCCGCCAUUGUCCCCCUCUUGACCUGGACUGACCGCUGACCCUGAAAGUCUUCAGUUCUGAGAGUGUCAUCCUUCUCUGUCAACUUGUCCUGGUCUGCCUUUGCAGAUUCAUCAGUCUAAAAGUGCUUUCAGGUACUGUAAUUGACUUGUGAGCUUUGUAUCUGCGUUAAGUAAUACUGUCUCAUGCUUAAAAAAAAAAGAAAAAGAAAAAGAAAUGUGACGACAGAUGUUGCUGUUAAGUCUUUACAGUCUGUAAAAGACUGACAUUUAAAUGUUAAUUAGACCUGACAUUUCAUCGUGGUUUGAACUGUUAUACCAAAUUCAGUGGUGGCCAGACAUCAGUUUUUUUUGAGCUGCCCUUAUCUUAGUUGCCUUUGCAGGGUGGGGAAAAGGGAUUGAAUUACUGCUGGUGACAUGAUUCCUGACCAACGAGGGGCCAGCUGUUUCAGUAACCUACCCCCCCUCCCCCUCCUGCUUUACUCAUGUAGCUGAGUGAAACUUGUCAGUCGUUAGCCUUCAAGCACACUGUAGUGGUCGUCCUCUGUCACAUCUCUCCAUUUGCUUGUAACUGUGCUUCUGUGAAUAUGGUCAAGUAGUGGCACGUACCUUGUAGCCUUAUGAAUUGGUAAACUGUACUACGGGAGGGGGCGGGGUGGCGGGCGGCGUCAGCCACUGCAGAAUGGCACCUACUCAAACUGCCAGAUGCUUGGAGAUCAUGCCAGAACUAAACUUCUUACAACACUAGGCCUAGAGCUCCAACGUAUCAAACCUCACACUAACUGUUGAAUGAACUUUUUUUGACAUUCAAAAGUAAAUCACUCUACAAAAGAAAAUGACUGUGUUUGUGAGCAAAACAGCAGACCAUCCUGUGCCAACUAUCUGUUUAGUGAUGUCCUGUGUUCCUCAUCCUCUGUAUUGGGUCAGUGUCCAGUCCCUUUGUCUUCCAGUUGCUAUGCAGAUUGUUCUGUUAAAUAGCAAUGGCCCUUUUUUAUCAGCCUUACAACUAGAAAGAUACAAACCAGGUAGAGAUGAUGUCAAGGUGCAUUUUUAAUGGACAACUGGAAGGGUGUGUUAAUGUUCCUCUGAACGCUCUCUGAACAUUUCCCCCCCCCCCCAGAUGUAGUAACUAGUUUAAUUUUGCUCGAUGCGUGCAGAUUUAGCUUGCUAGCUGCUAAUUCAACAUCUUGCAUCAGCCUACCUUGGUUUAUAUCCUCCUAGUAUUGAAUGAAAGUUUAUGCAAAUACCAUUGAAGUGAACGGUUAUGGAUGACACUGGAAAAGAAAUUGUCCAAAAAGUCAAUAAAAAUUGAAAAUCUU